AUGUGUCCGGAGUACGGAGCCACUAUUGGUUUCUUCCCCGUUGACGGAAGAACUCUUCAGUAUCUCAAGCAAACUGGUCGUGAUGAAGAGUAUUGCCAACGAGUGGAAACUUACUUGAAAGCCAAUAGAAUGUUUGUUGACUAUGGAGAUUCUACAAUCAAGCCUGCAUACACGAAAAUUUUGACUCUUGAUAUGAGUACAAUUGUACCUUCCGUAGCCGGUCCUAAGCGACCACACGAUCGCAUUCCGCUGCCCAUGCUGCACAAGGAUUUUGGCACUAAUCUUACUGCCAAACCUUCUUUUAAAGGCUUUGCUGUGAAAACCGAAGAAGUGCCAAAACAUGCUCUUAUCAGCAAGGAUGGCAGAGAAGGGGAUCUCACCCACGGUUCAGUUGUGAUUGCUGCUAUAACUUCAUGCACAAAUACCAGUAAUCCUAGCGUGAUGCUAGCUGCUGGUUUGGUGGCCAAGAAGGCUGUUGAACUUGGGUUGUCUACACAACCCUUCACCAAAACGUCACUUUCCCCAGGAUCGAAAGUUGCUGCAAAGUACCUCGAAGCAUCAGGUCUUCUUCCUUAUCUACAGAAGCUUGGAUUUCACAUUGCUGGGUAUGGAUGUAUGACUUGCAUUGGAAAUUCUGGUCCUCUUGAUGAGGACGUGUCCAAAUCUAUUGAAAAGGAAAAUCUUGUUGUGGCUGGCGUUUUGUCUGGAAAUCGUAACUUCGAAGGUAGAAUUCAUCCUCUUGUACGCGCCAAUUAUCUUGCUAGCCCUCCUCUGGCUGUGGCAUAUUCGAUUAUUGGAAAUGUUAAUAGGGAUAUCAGUGGAGUGAUCGCGAAAUCACCUGAUGGCAAGGAUGUGUAUUUUAAGGACAUCUGGCCAACCAGGCAGGAGAUUGCUAAGCUUGAAGAGGAAUUUGUCAAGCCACAGUUUUUCAACGAGGUGUACGCCAAUAUUGGGAAAGGUUCAGAGCAGUGGCAGCAACUCCAGUGCCCAUCAGCAAAGCUCUAUCCAUGGGAUCAGGACAGUACGUACAUCAAGAAGGUCCCCUUCUUUGACUUCAUGACUCUGGACCUUCCACAGCGGUCCCCUAUUUUGAACGCAUAUGUCCUGUUAAAUCUCGGCGACUCAGUCACUACCGACCACAUCUCACCUGCAGGAUCUAUUGCUAAGAACUCACCAGCAGCUCGUUAUCUUGCUCUUCGGGGUUGUUCACCUAGAGACUUCAAUACAUAUGGCGCUCGAAGAGGAAAUGAUGAACUUGCUCUUGAACGGGCUUGCGAGACUGAACAACAUCACUCACUGAAAGUUGGAGGCGUGAUCGCCAUCGAUGUCCAGUCAAAGCAUUUACCUUAA